GAUCGUUGGAGGGAGUUUAUUAGGGUUUAAGGUCCGUCGACUCUUGUCCCAUUCCAAACCUUCAGGCUUCAAGCCUUUCUCUAUUUACUAUAAAACCCAACCAAAGAGCUAAAAUCCCCGUCUUUCAUAAUCUGCGUCUGGAACCUUCGUUCGCCGCAUUCCGGUCUCCGAUCGGAUGGCUUUUGCUUGCGGUUUUCGUCGCAUCCUGGGUGGAUCUUCUACGGCCUCCACCGUUCUUUGGUCGCAGUUAGCUUCGAACCGUUUCUAUACAACUCUCACUAAUCCAAAGCUCUUUGUGAGCGGCCUUUCAAGAUUGACAACAGAUGAAAGCCUUACAAAUGCAUUUUCCCAAUUUGGGCAGCUCAUGGAAGCUAAAGUCAUAAUGGAUAGAGUCUCUGGAAGAUCGAAGGGAUUUGGUUUUGUCACAUAUGCUACUGUAGAAGAAGCCGAAAAGGCUCGGGAGGGAAUGAAUGCUAAGUCGUUGGAUGGAUGGGUUAUUUUUGUUGAUCCUGCUAAGCCAAGGGAGCCUAGACCCCCACCACAGCCAGAACCAGAGCCUUCUGAAAGUGGAUUCAGAGUAAAUAAGACAAUUGGAUGGUGUGGAUGAUUGCUUUGGAAAGUUCGAUCAAUUUCAUCGUGAUAAAAGAAAAUUGGUCUCUGGUAAUUUAAAUAUAAAUUAGAUUUGGGAACAUGGACUUCAUCCUUUCUUAGACAAAUGAGCAAUUUAUUCGGGCAAUCAGCCAUGUUGUAUUAACUCAUUCAUGAUAGUCCCAUGACACAGUCUUUUAUGUGUCUCUGUAUGUUAUCUAAGUAUGAAAUAACAGUAUGAAAAGGAGAGGAAAAUAUCAAGAAAUUUAUCUUGAAA